CUCCCGGAAGUGGCCGGACCCAAAGCCCGGGUGGAGAGCCCGUCCGUCUGUUCGUCGGUCCGCCGGUCCGCCAGCCGGCUCGUACGCUCGCCUCGGCCCUCUUCGGCGUCCCGCGGUGUGGUCUGGCCCGAACAGCGGCCGGCGUGCCCGCCAUGGCGACGUUUAUCUCGGUGCAGCUGAAGAAGACCUCGGAGGUGGACCUGGCCAAGCCGCUGGUCAAGUUCAUCCAGCAGACGUACCCGAGCGGCGGGGAGGAGCAGGCCCAGUACUGCCGCGCGGCGGAGGAACUCAGCAAGCUGCGCCGCGCCGCGCUCGGCCGCCCGCUGGACAAGCACGAGGGCGCCCUCGAGACGCUGCUGAGAUACUAUGAUCAGAUUUGUUCCAUUGAACCCAAAUUCCCAUUCUCUGAAAAUCAAAUCUGCUUGACAUUUACCUGGAAGGAUGCUUUUGAUAAGGGUUCACUUUUUGGAGGAUCUGUAAAAUUGGCUCUUGCAAGCUUAGGAUACGAAAAGAGCUGUGUGUUAUUCAAUUGUGCGGCCUUAGCUAGCCAGAUUGCGGCGGAACAGAACCUGGAUAAUGACGAAGGACUGAAAAUCGCUGCUAAGCAUUACCAGUUUGCUAGUGGUGCCUUUUUACAUAUUAAAGAGACAGUUUUGUCUGCCUUAAACCGAGAGCCUACGGCGGACCUCUCUCCAGAUACUGUUGGGACCCUCAGUCUUAUUAUGCUGGCACAGGCCCAAGAAGUAUUUUUUUUAAAAGCCACAAGAGAUAAAAUGAAGGAUGCCAUCAUAGCCAAAUUGGCUAAUCAGGCGGCAGAUUACUUUGGUGAUGCUUUCAAGCAGUGCCAGUACAAAGAUACUCUUCCCAAGGAGGUGCUCCCUGUCCUGGCCGCAAAGCACUGCAUCAUGCAGGCCAGUGCUGAGUACCACCAGUCCGUCCUGGCGAAGCAGCAGAAGAGAUUCGGAGAAGAGAUUGCAAGGUUACAGCAUGCAGCAGAAUUGAUUAAAACAGUGGCAUCUCGCUAUGAUGAAUAUGUCAAUGUGAAAGAUUUUUCUGACAAAAUCAGCCGCGCCCUCUCUGCAGCAAAGAAGGAUAAUGACUUCAUUUAUCAUGAUCGAGUCCCAGACCUGAAAGAUCUGGACCCUAUUGGCAAAGCCACGCUUGUGAAGUCAACCCCAGUCAGUGUACCCAUCAGCCAGAAAUUCACCGAUUUGUUUGAGAGUAUGGUUCCUGUGUGUGUGCAGCAGUCGUUGGCCGCCUACAACCAGAGGAAAGCUGACUUGGUGAACAGGUCCAUUGCUCAGAUGAGAGAAGCCACCACUUUGGCAAAUGGGGUGUUAGCUUCCCUUAAUCUCCCAGCGGCAAUUGAAGAUGUGUCUGGAGAUACUGUGCCUCAGUCCAUAUUGACCAAAUCCACGUCUGUGGUUGAACAGGGAGGCAUCCAGACUGUUGAUCAGUUGAUCAAAGAGCUGCCUGAACUACUACAAAGAAAUAGAGAAAUCCUAGAUGAGUCAUUAAGAUUGCUGGAUGAAGAAGAAGCAACUGACAAUGAUUUAAGAGCAAAAUUCAAGGAACGCUGGCAAAGGACACCGUCUAAUGACCUCUAUAAGCCUUUAAGAGCAGAGGGAAGCAGCUUCAGGGCCGUCUUGGAUAAGGCUGUGCAAGCAGACGGGCAAGUGAAGGAGCGUUACCAGUCGCACCGAGACACCAUCGCGCUUCUGUGUAAGCCGGAGCCUGAGCUGAACGCCGCCAUCCCUUCUGCGAACCCGGCGAAGACCAUGCAGGGCAGCGAGGUUGUAAAUGUUUUAAAAUCUUUACUGACCAAUCUGGAUGAAGUAAAGAAGGAAAGAGAAGGGCUAGAAAAUGACUUGAAAUCCGUGAAUUUUGACAUGACAAGCAAAUUUUUGACUGCUUUGGCUCAAGACGGUGUGAUAAAUGAGGAGGCGCUCUCUGUCACCGAGCUGGACCGGAUCUACGGAGGCCUCACGACCAAAGUCCAGGAGUCUCUGAAGAAACAGGAAGAACUUCUUAAAAAUAUUCAGGUCUCUCACCAGGAAUUUUCAAAAAUGAAGCAAUCUAAUAAUGAAGCCAACUUAAGAGAAGAAGUUUUGAAGAAUUUAGCUACUGCAUAUGACAACUUUGUUGAGCUUGUAGCUAAUUUGAAGGAGGGCACAAAGUUUUACAAUGAGCUGACCGAAAUCCUGGUCAGGUUCCAGAACAAAUGCAGUGAUAUAGUGUUUGCACGGAAGACAGAAAGAGAUGAACUCCUAAAGGACUUGCAACAAAGCAUUGCCAGGGAACCCAGCGCCCCCUCAAUCCCAACGCCUGCCUACCAGUCCUCCCCGGCGGGGGGCCACUCUCCAGCUCCAGCGCCGCCGACGCCCGCGCCCAGAACCAUCCCGCCUGCCAAGCCCCAGCCGCCGGCCCGGCCUCCGCCUCCCGUGCUCCCGGCGAACCGAGCUCCCCCUGCUACUGCGCCAGCCCCGGCGGGGACGGCCGCGGCUCCGCCGACGUCUCUUUUUGGUUACAUGAUUUACCAAUCCGUUUUUCUGGUCUGUCUUCUUUCCCUCAGGUAUUGCCAAAUGCCCAUGCCCAUGGGCUAUAACCCGUACGCGUACGGUCAGUACAGCAUGCCGUACCCGCCGCUGUACCACCAGAGCCCCGGCCAGGCCCCGUACCCGGGGCCCCAGCAGCCCGCCUACCCCUUCCCGCAGCCCCCGCAGCAGUCCUACUACCCGCAGCAGUAGCGCCCAGCCCGGCAGGCCGAGCGGCGCGGCUCUGGGGGAGGAGCCUCCAGCCCUGCGGUGGCGGCGAGGCGCGGAGCUCUGGCGACGGUGACGUGCCCUGUCGUACUGGACACAGUGUCUGACGUCUGUCUGUGGCUGCGAGCUGAAACUGCGCCCAGCCGCACACCUGACCGCACACGAGAGGUGCCGCCGCGGCAGUGUAAACACUAUGAUAGCUAUAAUAGAAUUCGAAAUAAAUUACAUUUCAGUUCAUAGAAGUUGAAAAAUGAGAAAUUAAACCCACAAGUGAAACGUUUGAAAUGAUUAUGCUUCUGUCUGCAUAAGACGUGGUUGGGACAUCACAUACGUACAGUGAUGGUUCAAGUACUGAUGUGCAAGAAAUCUGAGUUUUCUUUUUCUUUUGGUUGAUCAGUUUGGUUUAAUUUCCAUUAUACUAUUUUGCAUACUCAAAGCAUUGUAAAUCUUAUAAUUUAAAAAUAAAUUACUUAAGAACAGUUGUCAUUGUUAUGUUUUGUCAUUGAUUCUCAUUACUGUCUAAUUUCUUUCUGGUAUUAGUCUCCCAUCUUCUGUGUACAGAUACCUGUGUCUGAGUGCAUGAUUCGUGCAAGUUAAUAGUCAGGGUUCUAGGAAAAUCAAACAAUAGUACCGUAAUUUAUCUUUUCACAUGCCGAUUAACAAGUUAAUUUUGACGUUCAUUUUGAAAAGUCCUAUAAUGUGGAAGAAACACAAUUGCUACCAAAGAUUCUUCAAAUAAAUAUACAAAUAAAUAUGUAUAUUUAAAGUUUUAUUAGCUUCUCUAAGAAAUUGAUACAAAUUGAUAAUUCCCCUUUUUUCCAUAACCUGGUUACAAUAAGUACAUAUCAUUGACGGCACUGUCUACUGUAAUGGAAUUGCUUAAAGAAGAUUGUGCCCUUCCAUUCCGUUUUUCCACCUACUGUCUUACCUUGGUAACAUUUAAUGCACAAUGUAUAUGAGUAGAUCUAAGCCCUUUCAUUUUUAUGCUCCUAAAAGAUGUGACUGUUUCCUAAUUCAGGGAGCAAACAAAACAAUUGUUGGGAACAUACGCCGAUUCUGGAAGAGGCUGAAUAUUUAAUAUUAAUCUUUGCUGUUAGGAUACUAAUCACUGUAUAAACGUCAGUAAACAUAGCAGACGUGCGUCAUGGAGUGCGAGGAAGUGAGGAAGGAUCGAGCUGUUGGCGAGCAGGGUCCGUUCUGUGUGAGGUUCAUGGGCGCCUCAGGCUCCUGAGCAGAUUUCCAAUGAGUCUGUUUAUGUUUAUUUUCUAAGUUUUAACGCUCACCUUUUCUUGCAUUGUUAUUUCAUUUAAAUGAUACUGUCGUUUGGUCCACUGUUGUUUUCACUGACAGUUUGAGUUUAUAUUUUAAAUGUUGGAUUGAAGGUAUGAUUGUAAAAGGGAGUGAAUCGCUUUAAAAAUAUGUGUACAUUAAAAAAAAUCGUUCUUUGUUGUACGUAGAAAACAUGAAGGCAUGUUACUUUAAUAUAAAUGCCCUUUCCAUGGAAUAUUGAAAUUGGUUUAAAGUCCGGUAGUUAAAAUCUUGGCAAAAGUAGUUUUUUACAUAUCUUAGCUAAAUUUUAUUAAUGUGGAAUCAUCAAAGAUGGCCUAGGCUUGUUUGACUCUUUUGUAAAAGGCAUUUAAGUUCUACAUUCUUACUAUUCAAGGUACCGUAUACUGACAUGAGAUACUCAGUGAGAAUUAAGGGUAUUCCAAAUCGCUAGUUUAUUAUUCGUACUAACGCAGAAAAAACAAAAACCGAUUGGCCUGAAUAUUCUCUUGGGGAAAGAAGGCACUAGCGUGAGUGCAUCCGAGGGCGGAAAGGAGUUACCAGGCCCUUCAGCGCAGCCCUUGUGCUGAGGACGCCUGCUCCCAGGGAGCGACAGGACGGGCCCUGACACUUGGGAGAGGCGGCCCCUUCCCUUCCCGCCUGCCCGAGCUAUGCCCGUAAUGCACACCCGUCCCCUCCCGUCCCUUCGCGCCUCCUCUAAUGAUGGAGGGUAGUUUGUCUCGCUCACCUGUGGAUGGGCACCGAUGACCGCGUUUCUGCAGCCUUUCACUCCGUGGCCUUUCUAAUUGCAGUUAGGAUGGCUCCUGGAGAGAAAUUUCUCUGGCAUCUGUUUUGGGUUCUAGCAAACGAGGAAACCCUCACUGGGAUUAUUUUUGUCACCAAACUUUUGUCCUUUGCUCAACUUCUAGUCCACAAAACACUACUAAGUUGUUAUGGACCGUCCUGAACGUGUGACUCUGGUUUUGUUCCCUAUGUUUUUAAUUAGGCUUUUGGAUUCUUUCCCUAAAUUAAAGAAACCACUCCCAGACCACUUAUGUUCGGGGUGGAGUCCUGUUUUUAAGUGGACUGCGUGGAGGAGCCCGUCAGAAGUGGGGGAACGCCUGGCGUCUCUUCUCGCUCCUCUUGGAGACACGGCGCAGCUUCUCGGUCAGGUGUGAGGUACCGGUCUGCUCCCAUGUGCCCUGGUCUUCAUUCUCAGUUCAGAAGAAGCAUACGUCACUGCAGAUCAGCUAAUCUUUGUGAGAUGGUCCUGUACCCAAACCCCUAGACUUCUUUGCAAUUUAUAAUCUCUCCCUCCCCAAACAGUAGUUAUCAGAAAAAAAGAACCAAGAUUUCAUAGAACCUUGUGUUCCUGACGCUUUAUCCUAGUCAGCAGCCUUUCUGGUCAAAACAUUUAAAAAAUGUUUUCCAUUAGAGCUUUACAAAGUUUGCAAAAGUGCUUUAUAUGCAUUUUCUAAUUUCACAAACAUGAUAAAAUCAAUUUAUUAAGUAGGUUUCAGUUUGUUAAUGGGUUUUUUUUUCUUUUAACGAUCAAUAUGUUUUGAGGAAUCUUGCUACAGCCUAGUGGCACAUCUCUCUCUUAUUUUGCAAUUAUUAGUUGAUUCACAGUACAGAACAGGAUACAAAGUUGGAAGAAAAUGCUAUAGUGUUAAAAUUACUAGUUUAAAAAUAGACUUUAGAACUAAAUGGUUGAUUAUAAGAUUUACAUGGAAGAGCUAAGAAGGAAAAAUUAUAUUUUUAAAGAAAAAGAGAAUAUUCAGGCUUUAUUUCUGGUAUGAAGUUUAUAUUUUUAAAAGAAAUCCUAUAUUAUCACACCAGAGAUUUUAGAUUCUUUUCUGGUUACAAACAUUGCUGGUAGUUGGAUUAUAUUUUUAUUGUAUUCAUUUCUCUUAGGGGGAAAAUUGUAAAGCAACAAAAAGGUUCCAGAUGAAUGUAUCCUAGAAAUAAAAGUUGAAAGAUUCUUA